AUGAAAUAAAGAUUAUUAAUUGCAGACUUGAGUUAAGUUGAGUUGAUCAAAGAAUAAGAAACAAUUAAAGAUUCUUAAAUGGAAGUUUAGGAAUCUAUUGAAAUUCAUUUAGGAUAUAACAUAAGCUAAAUUGACUCUUCAAAGUAACUACUGAUUUAAAGUGCAUUUAUUUUAAUAUACUAUAUAUUGAAUUCUCUUUAAUCGCAUAACUAGAAGUUAUGUAAAAUUUGUUUAUACAAUAUAUCAGUUGACAAAUUGAGUUGCUUAAGAGGACAAACCUUAUUAGAAAUGGAGAUGUUUUCAUUUGAAUAGUAAGCAAUAUGUCUCUAUCUCGAUUGGAACUUGUGAUAAUUAUGAAUACUGUUUGUUAAUUUUUCAAAUAUAUAAUACAUUA